AUGGAGGUGAUAAAUUCGAUUGGAGUUGAGUUAAGCCGGAUAGCUAGCAAGAGAAUCACGGUGCUGGUGACAAAUCAUGUGGUUGAUGAAAUCGACGAAGAAUCGGAAAACUCUUGGUUAAAGGCUGCUCUUCCCUCAUGGUGGGCACAUCGAAUCACUUCUCGAUUAUGGGUGGAGAGAGUAUCAACAGAAUCGUCAGCGCGACGAUUGGCCCUCACGAAAAGUCCUUUUCGAGCACCCGGUGGCGCUACAUUUAUAGUGGAGGAUCAAGGGAUUCGAUCGUUGUCAAGCGCCGAUUGCAAUAUGAAGUUGACACUCGAAUUGGGCGAUCGGAGUAGUUUGGAGUCGUUUGCGCGAAUUUGCAGCGGCAUCGUGAGACUGAGCAAAGGAGCUCUUCCCGUGCGAGUAACACCCGAGGGCCUCUACUUUCUCGUGUCUGACAUUUGUGGAGAUUGUGGCACGUGGCUUUGUUAUGGAUUUCCAGAACAUGAAUUUACGAGAUUUGUUAUCGAUGGGUACAAUGAAGAGCAAAACGAGAUCAUGUUCACAGUUGCGGCUGAGGCUUUUGCACGAUCAAUUUCUAGCACCGUCGACGAGCGAUGCGUGAUAAAGUUAGCAAAACGAAAUCAGUCUCCUCACCUAUCCAUCAAUUUAUUUGGACCUCGUUCAUCGAUGAAUCAUUUGCUAUCAGUGGCAAUCGUUCUGCCAGAAAGCACUCGAAUCUAUAAACGACCAAAUGUGGAUAUUGAAGUGAUGCUCUCGGCCACACUCCCAUCUACAAAGCUACUGUACAAACUGUUCAACUCGCUAAAAAAUUUGUCCAUUAAAAGCGCCAACUUCAAAAUCACUACCGCAGGAGAAUUGCACAUUUUGGGAACAUCAGACAAAGCGGAAUUGAAAAUGUUUUUUGAAGGCUUGCCAGUUUCAGGAUCUCAAUAUGAAAACAGAGACGAAGUAGCUUCAGCUGCUGUGCGUUUACCAAUCAAAUGUCUACAUGCAAUAUGGACAAAUUUCUUUCAUGGAACUUAUUCGAAUGUGGUGUUAAAGAUUGAGCCCAAUCGUUUUGCGGUGAUUUAUGCGGAAAUCGAUCAAAAUAGAUUGGAGUUGAUCGUACCUGGAUUGGUCGAAAACGCUGAACAU